AUGAAGACACGAGCAGUGGUGAUCUCUGCAGCGGUUCUGUUGCUUCUGCUCGGCCUGCUGAGGAGCGCAGAUGCCGCCACCUUUCAGGGCGCGUUCCCACACCCAAACAAAUACAACCCAAACGAAUCGGACAGAUGCCAGCAACCCGCCAUCAGUGGACUUAUUUCCCGCGGGACGGGACCUGUAACCUCCACGGACGAAGUGCUUGAGUCCAGCCAGGAGGCGCUGCACGUCACGGAGCGUCGGUACCUGCGGUUGGACUGGUGCAAAACCCAGCCGCUCAAGCAGACCAUCCGGGAGGAGGGCUGCCUGAGCCGCACCAUCAUCAACCGCUUUUGCUACGGACAGUGCAACUCCUUCUACAUCCCGAGGCAUGAUUACCAAGAUGGAGACGUCUUUCAGUCCUGCUCGGCCUGCAAACCCAAAACCUUCAGCACCGUCACGUACACCCUGUUCUGCCCGGGUCAGACACCCAGCACGAGGAAGAAACGGAUCCAGCGCGUCAAGCAGUGCCGCUGCACAACAAUAGUUACGGAUUAGACUCAAACUGACUCAUUCAGGUUAAUCAUACCCGCUUCCAGUUGGAAGGGAAAGUGCAGCGUUGCAA